GUCGAUGGUGGCGCGUCGUGUCGCUGUGCGCCGCGUUGUUUCUAACGUGCUAUCGUGAAUAAUGUGUUUACGGUACUACUGUCAGUGUUAGUGGUAUUUUGAGGUGUGCUGGAUAUCUUGAGACUGAGAAGUGAUACGUAAGCUUCACUAACAAGAACUAACAAGACCUUCCUUGUCACUCUAUUACUAACAAUGUGCAAUGGAUUAACCACUUACGCGUGAUGCUUUGCGUCCUUUUUCUAAAUUCACAACGAAAAUGUCCACAAACAUACAUCCCAAUGUUGCCAAGGAAUUCUGUUAUACAAUAAUACUCGGAUGUGGUCGUUUUGUAAAAAUAGGUCCAAUAAAGACGGAUAGACUUGAUAAAGCAAUGACGUGACAAACGUUUCCAAGUUAGAUGUUUUAGUUUCAAGAGAAAGAGAUUCAGACUGCUGUAGGAAAUCCCGGCCAACUUUUAUUGUUUGCGUGAUGGAGUACAGAAACAGAAAUGGAAACAUCCAAAACGGCGGGAAAGAUCACAACAUGCUGGCCGCCUACGGCGUGUACUCUUCCGCUGGUGACGGUGAGGACGGGGGUUUCGCGUCCCCAAGCCACACCCCCCACUACAACCACUACUCGGACCCUGGUCACGUGGUGGUCGUGACUACCCAGAGGGACGGUUCCACCACGAACAGCAUCAUGAGGGGUGGCACCACCGGGGUGGCGGGGGGAGCGUGUAGUUGGUGUUGGUGUAAGUCUACCACGACACAGACAGUCGAGUCCCCCUGGUACAAACCAGCUGUGCUACUAAUAGUGCUGGCUCUACUGCUGAUAGUGUUCCUUACCAUCUCUAUCAUACUCGUGUAUUAUAACCAUGUCGGCUUCAAGGCGAUACCACAACCCCUUGAAGAACUGUGCGACAAGACAUCGUGCACGCACGGUGCCAGUUGUAUGCAAGGUGCGGACGGACGGUCGACGUGUCGUUGUCCGGCUGAGUGUCCGGUCACAUACUCGCCCGUGUGCGGCACGGACGGCAACACCUACAACAGCUUGUGUGCUCUCCGCAUGUACGCCUGCAGAAACCAGGAGAACGUGCGGGUACAGCAUCCUGGAGAAUGUGAUGCUGCAGAUCCGUGCUCCGGGAAGGUGUGUCCGCCAGGGGCGCGCUGUGUUCCAGACGCCGAGGGCCGCAGCGCCUCCUGUGUCUGCCCCCGCCACUGCCCCCAGUAUGGCGACCACUCCGCCUCCAGGCCUGUCUGCGGCUCGGACAACCAAGACUACAAGAACCAGUGUGAGAUGAGCCGAGCUGCCUGCGAGAAGGGUGUCGACAUAGUGGUGAAAUACCACGGUGCUUGCGACCCGUGUGAGAACCUGGAGUGUGUGGAGCCAGAGGUUUGUCAGCUGGACGAGGAGCGCCAACCUGUGUGUCGCUGCGGAGACUCCUGUUCCCUGGAGUUUACUCCUGUCUGUGGUUCCGACGGGAAGACCUACUCCAACGAGUGCAGUCUCCGCUUGGAGUCUUGCCGCUCCAAGAAGAAUCUCCGGAUCAUCUACAGGGGGACUUGCAGCUCUGGUGUCAACCCAUGCAGCAGCCUGUUGUGCUCGCCAGGUGAAGAAUGCAUCAUCUCAAAGUUCGGCAUCGCGGAGUGUUCCUGCCCCACGGAGUGUGAGACUGUGGUACGCCCUGUGUGUGCCAGUGACGGACGAACGUACGACUCCAUGUGUCACCUGCGCAAGGUGGCGUGUCAAGCCAAAGCGGACAUCAAGGUGGCGCACACUGGGCAGUGUGGAGCCAGUGGCCCAUGCAGCAGCCACAAGUGUCUCCAUGGAGCCGAGUGUGUGGAGAAGGGAGGUCUGCCUGUGUGUGAGUGUCCACAAUGCUCCACGGAGUUCAGCCCUAUAUGCGGCUCCGACGGAAUCUCCUAUGGAAACGAGUGCAAACUUCGGCUCCAGUCUUGCCAACACAUGCGCAACAUAUCAAUCGUCCACAGCGGUCUUUGCGGAGGCUGUGAGAAUAAACACUGUGAAUAUUACUCUGUCUGUGAGAGUGAUUCUCAGGGGGAAGCACAAUGUAUCUGCAACCACAAAUGUCUGGAGGAAGAAAACAAAGUUUGCGGCACUGACAACGUCACAUAUAAGAACGAAUGCGAACUGCAAAAAUUUGCUUGCGAGAAAAAACUACCGAUUCAGAUAGCAUAUGAUGGGGAUUGUGUCCUAGCAGACCUAUGCAAGGACAUAGUUUGCAAGCACGGUGCCAGGUGUGAGGCUGGUGUAUGUGUGUGUCCCACGGACUGUCCCUCCGUACCUGAGGAGCCUGUGUGUGCUUCAAACAUGCAGACUUAUGCCAAUGAGUGCGAGAUGCAGAAACAAGCGUGUCUGGCCGACCCUCCCCUCACUCUGACUGUUGUCUUCUACGGGGACUGCAGUGACCGCCUCGGCCCUGGCAUGACGACGACACCUCUUACCCCAGGAGCUAUACCCCAACCUUCACCUCGCCCCACAGACACGCCCAGAGAGGCCUGCUCGGACAUCCGCUGUGACUACGACGCCACUUGUGAGCUGGGCGCCGACGGCUUCCCUCGGUGCUCCUGUACAAUGAACUGCUCCCAGGAACCGACCAGCCCUGUGUGCGGCUCAGACCUCAGGAUCUACCCGUCCAUGUGUGCCAUGAAGAUGGAGGCUUGUCAACGUCAGGAGGAGCUCAGGUUGAGGCCGCUAGACCUAUGUCAAGGUAUGGAGGUGAAGCCGUGUAAUGGAGAGCCCCCAGUGGUAGACCCUGUGAGUAACCAGGAGUUGGACUGUGGCAGUGGUCCUAACCGACAGGAUUGUCCUUCAGACAGCUACUGCCAUCAGACACCUCGGUUCGCCAAGUGUUGUAGAAAAGAAACCGGAGUAUAUCUGAAGAGCUGCCAUGACUCUUGGUUUGGAUGUUGUCCUGAUGACAAGUCGCCAGCCCAAGGUCCUGACAACGCAGGAUGUCCUUCAUUGUGCGGCUGCAACAAGAUAGGAUCGUACAGUGAGACAUGUGAGCCCAACACGGAGCAGUGCAAGUGCAAGCCAGGGGUCGGAGGACUCAAGUGUGAUCGCUGUGAGUCUGGCUACUGGGGUCUGCCCAAGAUCACUUCUGGCCAUCAGGGCUGUCUGCCUUGCAGCUGUUCCAUGAUGGGUUCAGUGAGGGAGGACUGUGAACAGAUGACAGGAAGGUGUGUCUGCAAGCCGGGAGUCCAGGGACAUAAAUGUGACACUUGUACUGACCCAACACAACUGCUGGGACAUAACGGAUGUAUCUCAGCUGACGGGGGUGAGAUGGCUACAGGACAACCGUCGUCGUGUGGUGAUCUCACCUGUUUUAUGGGAGCCAUGUGUGAAGAGAGCGGAGGUCAGGCUCGCUGUGUGUGCACCAUGACAUGUCCUCAGGAAGCAGACCAACCUCAGCAAAUGGUGUGCGGAAGUGAUGGUCAAACUUAUGGUUCUGAAUGCCAGUUGAAGCUCUAUGCAUGCAGAUAUCAGAAGGAUGUGUCAGUUCAGGCUAUGGGAGCCUGCACAGAGGACAUGCUAGCAGGUACAGAGUGGCCUGUGAAGUGGACGUCAGGUGUUAGGUUUACGGAGCCCGAGGACGUCAGUUCGCCCCUGUCCAAGUCCACAAGACACCUUCUCAUGCCUGAGCCGAGGCAAUACUUCAACAGACACGGCACUGAGGUCAAUCACUUCAUAACUCCAGGCAAGAAUAGAGGUGUGUUCCAACUUUCCGGUAGUCAGGCGACCCCGGCUACAGUUCAGGUGUUCACCGCCCUGCUAGGGGACCUGUGCUCUACUGAUAGUGACUGUACCAUCAACCACAGUGUGUGUAUAGGUGGAGCUUGCAUUUGUGGAACCAAUCACACACAGUCGCUGGACAGACAACAUUGCAUAGAAAACAAACCAAACCACCCACUCCCCAAGGUGUUUGCCUGUGACUCCAACCCCUGUGCCAAUGGAGGUACAUGUGAGGACUUGGAUGCUGGAGCGUUUCUAUGUCACUGCACCAAGUAUUUCGGAGGACUUAUGUGCACAGAUGUUCUCAUACCAAGAAGUAUAGAGGUGGCAGCCUUUGGCGGAAAAUCGUAUGCAAGACUAAAAAAACUCAAAGCCUACCACAAACUCAGUAUUGAGAUUGAGUUUAAAACGUACUCCAAUGACGGGAUCUUGUUCUACAAUCAACAGCAUGCUGAUGGAACCGGAGAUUUCGUCUCCCUAGCAAUUGUUAACGGGUUUAUAGAGUUCCGCUACAACCUGGGCAGUGGGCCGGUGGUGUUGACGUCACUGGAGCGAGUACAGCUGCACAAAUACCACCGAGUGAUCGCCAAGCGCUACCAACGUGACGGGAUACUGCAAGUGGACAAUAGUGAGGCUGUAGCUGGACAAUCACAAGGCACUCUUCGGGCACUGGAUCUCCUAGAGGACGCCUUUGUUGGAUAUGUGCCCACUUCCAUCAAAAAGGUGUCUGAGAACAUCGGGACCAGCAUGGGCUUCUCAGGUUGUAUCCGUCGUCUGAAGGUCGGUCGCAAGGUGGUGGAGCUGGAGGAUGGUAGAGAUUGGAUGGUGGAGUCUGUACACAACAUUAGAGAAUGUGGGACAAACCCUUGCGCUAGUCUGCCUUGUCUGAACACAGCUACUUGCAUUUUCACCAGUGAAAGUAACUUCACUUGCGCCUGUUCCCCACACUACACAGGAUCACUGUGUGAGAUCAGGAUUGAUCCUUGCGUGGUGAAUCCUUGUGUCCUUGGCACGUCCUGUGAGCCUCUGCAGCAAGGAGGCUUCACCUGCAAAUGUCUGCCUGGGGACGAAUGCCACCAAGCCCAAAACGAGUUGGCAAUACCAGAGUUCAACGGGGAAUCUUACUUGGAGGCCAGAAAACUUGAAAACGUUGGAAGAGCGUUUGCGAUUGAAGUUUGGUUCAUGAGCAAAGCAGAAAAUGGAGUGCUGCUGUACAACGGUCAACUGACCACGGGACGUGGAGAUUUCAUAGCUCUGAACAUCAUCAAUAGACAUGUACAGUUUAAGUUCAACCUAGGCAGUGGAGUUGCUAACUUAACAACGCCGGAGAAGGUCCAACUAGGAGUGUGGCACAUUGUGCAAGCCAGCAGACUAGACAAAGAUGGAGUGUUACAGCUAGAUAACGGCUCCGUGGUUCAUGGAAUGUCAGGCGCUCCACUGAAUGAGCUGAAUCUAGAGCUGCCCCUCUAUAUUGGCAGUGUUCCCAACUUCACUGAAACCAGUCGGGAUUCUGGAGUUACUUUUGGUUUGGUUGGUGCCAUCCAAAAGCUGCUAGUGAAUGGUCAGUCGUGGACGGCGCUGGGGCUCCAGGGGUACAAGGUGGGGAGGUACCAAGGACCCCCCUGUCCCCUCUCCACCAACCCUUGUCUCAACAAUGGAGUGUGUGUGCCGAACCUCAAUACCUUCACCUGCAAAUGCACAGACGGCUUCUAUGGUGAACAAUGCCAACAGUCUGUUGAAAACGAGAAACCUAUACGGCUCAACGGAGACACAUACUUGGAACACUUCACCUCUUCUCAGAGCAAAAGUUUUAACAUGUCUGAGCCUUUUAACUUUACUAAUCUGGUGGAGGACUAUUGGGAAGAGACUGAAGAAGAUUAUGGAGAAACAGGGGACGAUACAGAGGAUAUGUACGAUGAAGAUGAAUUUGUGUUUUUUGACGAGUAUCGAAACAAGAGAAGGAAUCAUUUUGAAGUUUCCCUCCGCACUGUGGAUUCCAAUGGUUUACUGCUGUGGUUGAAGCGAGGCAAGAACCCUCAAGGCAACUUCGUAGCUGUAGCUAUAACUGACGGAUACGCCGAACUUAGUCUUAAGCUGGGCAGGCACAUACCACUGCUCAAUAUCCGAUCAAAGAUCCAAGUGAACGACGGUGAGUGGCAUACGCUGGUGAUCGAAAGAUGGAAACGCGGAGGUCAGAUUCAAGUUGACAACGAAGUUCCUGACAAGGAACAAGCGGAAUAUGGAAAAACUUUAGUUAAUACCAACACACAGUUGUGGAUAGGAGGAGCGCCUACACUACCCCCUGGUCUGCCGUCCUCCUACUACCUCAACUUCAACGGUUGUCUGCAGAGAUUGGUCCUGGACAAGAGUCCUGUCAACCUUAGGCUACUCAACUACAGUCUGCCGACGGACUCUUGCGAUCUUCCUCUCCUGUGACCGACUCACUCCACUGAGUAGCAGCAGUCCUGAUCCACUUGAGAGCCCUGACAUUGUGUUGUGAUAAUUUAGAAAAGUGUGUAGAUAAAACUUGUUGAUAUGUUUAGACAAUGAUAUUUUGUAAGUAUGUCCUAAGUCCUAAGUGAAUAGGUUUAAAUGCACAUGGCCGUCCUCUGCCUAAACUAAAACAUUGUCUGUAUAUACAAUUUGAAAUUUGUUCUAAACUUCUGUUAAGAAAGUACAAUAAUAAUUAUUUAAGAUGAACAAAAACAAUCUACGAGUCAUUCAAAUUUUGGGAAUAUAGAUUAAAUCACCUGCAUUUUAAUAUAUUAUAUUAGAAACAUAAAUUUGUUUAGUCUAAGUUAUUUUGAGUUGCUUUAGGUUAUAUCCAAGAAACAAUUACAGGGAAAUAUUGUAUAGCUAUGUUAUCAAAUAAAACUAGAAACUGGUUCUUUUGUAUAAAUGCAGCUAAUCUACAAAUUGAUAUUUAUUAUUCCUAAAAUCUACCUCUAACUACAAUGUAUAUAACUAUCAAGCAAAUGUGUAUGAUAUUGUAUUUAUCACGAAACUUUGUAUCAAGUAGACAACUUAGUAAGAUCCAAAUCAGAUCCCCAAUAUAAAGAGUAAGUUUAAUUUUUAAGAUAAUAAAUAAUAUGUAUUUCACUAUUCUUUCAUAUCCAACAGUAUUUCAAUUUAUGGUAAGAUAAGAUCAUGUCAUUCCUGGAAAAAAGUUAAAACAGAAAUUUUAUAUAAAAUUUGUUUAUUAUUAUAAUAAUGACAAGCUUCAAAUAAGAGAUAAUCUUAGAACUCCUGCAUUCCCUUUUUUGCUCCAGAAGUGAUUUUUUUUAUCUAUUCCUGAUUAUUUAUUUCAAUUUGAGCUAAGCAACUAAUAAAGGAAAUAGUAAUGCAUUCAAGCUAGGGGCAGCCAUUUUAUUUAUAAAGACUCAGCUAACUUUUAUGGUGCAAUAAUUAUUACUAUGUAAUAUGUAUGAAAUGUAAAAACAGUGAUUUAACAUUUAGCAGUAUAUUUAAAUAUUGUAUUAUAGAACAAAGGAUGUUUGUAAUAAAUGACAAAUUUGAU